AAACUCAUGAUCCCCUUUAUAAACAUUAUUAUAUCAUGGAUAAUCAAUCAUUUUGAUGAUACAAUGGUGUAUCUGAAUUUAUUAAUCCACAUUAAUGUAUUGAAAGAAUAACGGAAUAUGGGAAUAAAUCCCUUUCAUCAUCUUAACCAUAUAACACUGCAUUUCAGAAAUCUCAAUUCAAGAUAAUAUACUAGRUGUAAACAUUGUUAGUAUUGGUGGAGAUAAUUUUAAUUAUUUUUUAUAUGAAAUAAAAUAGUAGCCAUAAAUCCAUUUCUUUUGACCUUCAACAAAAUAAAAACAAUAGUAUUAUCACAAUAAGAAAUUUGUAAUUAUAUUUUUUUACAACAUUGUCAAGUGCUGAAAUGUUUCAUUGAAAGCAUGAAGUAACAGAUUAAAACAAAAUCUACAGAAUUAUUAAGAAACAACUAUUUUACCUUAAUAAUUUAACCAAAAUGAAACCAGUCCAAAUAACUGCAAUGAAAAUUGGAAUUGAAAACUUAUUUACUUGUUUAAAUAAUCGUUUCUACAGUAAAGGUCAGACAAAUAUUUAUAACGUAGUAGUUGUGGGAGGAGGUAUCGUUGGAUUUGCAACUGCAAGAGCAUUAUUAUCACGUAAUAAGCAUUUACAUGUAGGUCUUGUAGAAAAAGAAAAUAGACCUUCAGUUCAUCAAAGUGGACACAACAGCGGAGUUAUACAUGCAGGCAUAUAUUAUAAACCAGGUUCGAUGAGAGCUAAAAUGUGUGUUGAAGGCCUUUAUAAAACUUAUGAAUAUUGCACCAAAAAUAAUAUACCUUAUAAAAAAUGUGGAAAACUUAUUGUUGCAACUGAUGAAUCCCAAAUAAAAAGUUUAAAUGACUUAUAUGAACGAGGAUUAGAAAAUGGUACUCCUGACAUCAAAUUGAUAAAUGGRAAUGAUAUCAAGAACAUUGAACCAUAUUGUAAGGGUGUACGAGCAAUUCAUUCACCACAUACAGGAAUUGUUGAUUGGGCAGUAGUGACAAAACAAUAUGCAAUAGAUUUUGCAAGUUUGGGAGGUCAAAUAAUUUACAAUUUUAAAGUGAAAUCGUUUGAUGAAUGUAAACAUAACAGAGCACUCAAAAUAGUUUCUGAAAAAAAUAAUGUAAUAUUAGCAGAUUAUGUCAUUACAUGUGGUGGACUACAGUCUGAUAAAUUAUCAUUGAUGACUGGUUGUAAAGCUGAUCCAUACAUUUUACCAAUACGAGGUGAAUAUCUCUUACUUGACAAAAGAAAAGCACACCUCAUUAAAGGCAAUAUAUAUCCAGUGCCUGAUUCCAGUUUACCAUUUCUUGGGGUACAUUUUACCCCAAGAAUGGAUGGCUCCGUUUUUUUGGGUCCAAAUGCAGUUCUGGCUCUAAAACAAGAAGGAUACAGCUGGAGUGAUGUUAGUAUAUCUAACACAAUAAGGCUUUUAAAACUAGAUGGUGUACAAAAACUUAUGGCAAAACAUAUGAAAUUUGGUAUAAAUGAAACUAUUAAAUCUUUAUUUCCUGCCAAGCAGCUAAAAGAAAUACAAAAUUACAUUCCAGAUAUCAAAAAAAAUGAUGUUAAAAAGGGUCCUACGGGGAUUCGUGCUCAACCACUGUGGGCAGAUGGAACAAUGGCAGAGGAUUUGGURCUAGACGUUGCGUCAAAUGAUCCUUCAGAUUUAGUGAAGCAUAGAAUAAUGCACUGCCGAAGUGCUCCAUCACCUUCGGCUACAUCAUCAUUACCAAUUGGUGAAGUUAUUGUAGACAAAAUGUUUGCGAAAUAUCCAAAUUUAAAACAUAUACCAAAUUAAAUUAGCAAUACUUAUAGUGAAGAAUUACACUAUGAUAAUAUGAUUUAUAUAAGUUUAUGUGGUGUGAGGUCUCAGUAAACUUAUAGAUUUAAGUAUCUUACAGAACCUAACCAAAUAGGAUAAUUUUAAACAUAAUAUCACAAAUGCAAUGKGUUAUUAAUUUGAAUCAAAAAUAAAAAUUA